CUAGCCUAAAGGUAUUGAAAUGUCGUAUGAAGUCUGUGGUUGAUUGAAGGAUUAGAAACAGUGAUUUGUUUCACAAUUUCUAUUUUCUUUGCGCCUUUCUUUCUCAUUCUCACCAGCCAACCUUUCAUCUCUAACUCCCCAGAGAUCUAACUUCUUUCUUUCAUCUUCCUAAGUAUCGUCUGAUGAGUUUUGAGGUCUGCUGGGAAUUCUGUGUGGUCAUGUUUUACUAUCGUCACACAAAAGCUGAGUCCUUGAUGGAGACGUAGAAAUGUUUUUUUUUCCUUUUUACUUCGUUUCAAAAGAUUAACACUUUCUACAUUUUCACAAUUCCAUAGGACAAGGAAUGAGCCCCAGUUUUCAUGGAUAGACGUCUUUGCUGUUUUUGGUAUCGGUUAGAGACAAGGUCCAACAAGAAGAAAAGGAGUAGAAUCUACACCUUAACCCUCCACUAGAAGGGUAAAGCCGUGAGGGCCAGCCUAGUUAUAGUGAACCGUCCAUUUUCCUUUCUAAUUCUAAAGAUCCUGCUAUUUUUAGGGCCGUUAUUUUUCAGUUUUAUCUCAAAACUCCUCUUCCAUUCCCGUAAGCGUCCAUUUCUCAAUCUUCAUAGUGCCAGAGUCAUGGAGAUUUCUUGCUUUCAUAGUUUGGUGUUGUUGGUUCACUUCUUCAUUUUGUGCGUAGCCCGUCUUCACUCAUUAACUACUGAUCAGUCUGCGCUUCUGGCCUUGAAAGCCCAUAUUAAUCCCGAAACUCUAAAUAUCUUGGCAAACAAUUGGACUGCAGCUACUUCUGUCUGCAAUUGGAUUGGUAUUACUUGCGGUGGCCAUCCCCAGAGGGUCAUAGCAUUGAAUCUUUCUUCCAUGGGUCUAAGUGGCACCAUCCCUCCAUGCAUUGGAAACUUAUCUUCCCUCGCUUUGCUAUCAAUAAAAAACAACAGCUUUUAUGGUUCUUUACCGGACGAGGUGGCUCACUUGCGUAGUUUGAAAACUGUGGACUUUGGAAUCAACUUCUUAACUGGAGAGAUACCACCAUGGUUCUGGUCCCUACCUGAACUUGAAAACUUGGUACUAAAAGGUAACCAUUUUCUGGGUACAGUUCCAUCAUCUUUAAGCAACACAACUACAUUGAAGAACAUCGACCUGAGUUACAAUCAGCUCUCAGGUUCCAUUUCCUCCAACCUUUUUAAUGUGUCUUCCCUGCAAAUAAUUGAUCUCAGCUUUAAUAGACUAUCUGGUAGACUUUCAGUAGAUAUGGUCCUUCCAGAGUUACAGGAACUCUAUUUGUCUGGGAACCAACUCUAUGGACAGAUCUCCAGAAGUUUAUUCAAAUGUAGACAGCUAAAAGUACUAUUUUUGUGUUCUAACAAUUUCACUGGAGCCAUACCAAUGGAACUUGGGAACUUAACCAUGCUCAAGGAGUUGCAUCUUAGCCAUAACAACUUGGAAGGUACAAUUCCUUGGGAAAUUGGCCACCUAACCAUUGUAAAGAAUCUGAGCAUCUCAAAUAACCACCUUGCAGGUCACAUACCAAGCAGUAUUGGGAACUGUACAUCACUCAAGGAAAUAAACUUCAGUGUAAACAACUUGACAGGUGCACUACCACCAGAGAUAGGAAAUCUUUCCGGCCUAGAGGUGUUGAGAGUUAAUGAUAACGUCUUAAGAGGUUUUAUUCCAUCCUCUGUCUUCAAUAUCUCAACAUUACAAGUUGUCUUGCUGUAUGAAAACUACCUUUCAGGAAAUCUUCCACCACUUAAAGGCUUCUUCCUUCCAAAUCUUGUUGAGCUUCACCUUCAGGGAAAUGAACUUCAGGGAACAAUUCCUAGUUCCAUCUCAAAUGCAUCGAAGCUCACUUUCUUGAACUUGGCUGAUAACUCCUUUACUGGCUUCAUUCCUAAUACAAUUGGCAAUAUGAGAAAUCUCCAGAAACUUGAAUUAGCCCAUAAUCAAUUAACAAGUGAAGCAUCCAGUCCAGAAUCAAAUUUUAUUUCUUCAUUGACUGGUAACAGGCAUUUGAGAAGGAUGGUGCUAUCAGGCAAUCCUCUAGGUACCAUCCUCCCCAGGUCUAUUGGCAAUCUCUCCGUUUUUCUUGAAUACUUUUUGGUUACUGAUUGCAAACUUAAGGGCAGCAUUCCUGCUGAAGUUGGCAAUUUAAGCAGCUUGAUAGCUUUAAAACUGGGAGAAAAUGUAUUGACUGGUAUUAUUCCAAAUUCAAUUGGAAGACUACAAAAGCUGCAAGGUUUGCACCUUCAAAGCAAUAGAUUACAAGGAACCAUUUUGCAUGAUGUUUGUAACUUGAGCAGCUUGAUGGAGUUGUUCUUAGGUGGUAAUGAACUUUCUGGAUUAGUACCAGAAUGCUUAGGUAAUCUCACAGCUUUAAGAAAUAUCAGCCUAGGCUCUAACAGAUUAACUUCGAUGAUACCGUCAAGCUUGUGGAGCCUUAAGGAUAUUUUGGCCAUAAACAUGUCAUCAAAUUGUCUACAGGGGUCUCUUCCAUUAGAAAUAAAGAAUUUGAAGGUUGUGACUGAAAUUGAUUUGGCAAAGAAUCAGUUAUCAGAUUACAUUCCUAACAGCAUUGGAGAGCUCAAAAAUCUCGUGUAUCUUUCUUUAGCAGAAAAUAACUUACAAGGCUCUAUUCCAGAAUCCUUUGGUGGUUCUAUAAGCUUGGAGUUCUUGGAUCUUUCUCGUAACAACCUUUCUGGAGUAAUUCCUAAGUCCUUGGCAAAGCUCUUUUAUCUUAAAUAUUUUAGUGUGUCUUCUAAUGAACUCCAGGGAGAAAUUCCCAGUGGAGGACCCUUUGCUAAUUUCACAGCCCAAUCAUAUGCGAUGAACAAAGCACUUUGUGGUGCAGCACGACUGCAAGUUCCUCAAUGCAAAACUGGUACCUCCAAAGGAAUGUGGAGAAGAACUAUUUAUCUUCUAGUCAAGAUUUUUGUGCCAAUGAUUGCGUCAAUAUAUAUGCUGCUACUGAUCCAUGCGUCGGUGAAACACUUCCAGAAAAGGCUGAUAAGUCCUUUUUCAACAAAAAAAGGAACAAUUUCAUACCUAGAAAUUGCGCUAGCAACGGAUGGAUUUAGUGAAAGUAACCUACUUGGCACUGGGGGUUUUGGUUCUGUUUACAAGGGAACAAUGAAAGAGGAGAAGAAUGUCGCAAUAAAGAUUUUCAAUGUGCAUCUAGAAAGAGCAUUAAGGAGUUUUCAGGUUGAAUCUAAGUUACUGUCCAUUACUUGUCAUCCAAAUAUUGUCAAACUCAUGAACAGUCUCUGUGAUGAUGAUUUCAAAGCCUUGGUGCUAGAAUACAUGCCUAACGGGACCUUGGACAAGUGGCUUCACACUCAUAAUUAUUUUCUGAAUCUCUUGCAAAGACUUGACAUAAUGAUCGAAGUUGCAUCAGCUUUGAGUUACUUACAUGGAAAACAUGUCGUUCACUGUGAUUUGAAACCUAGCAAUGUCCUGCUAGAUGAAGGUAUGGUUGCUCAUGUGAGUGAUUUCAGCAUUGCCAAACUCUUGGGUAGAGUGAAUGUAGUACAAACUGAAACCAUGGCCACUGUUGGGUAUAUGGCACCAGAAUAUGGAUCAAGUGGAAUUAUAUCUGAAAAAACAGAUGUGUAUAGCUUCGGUAUUCUACUGAUGGAAACAUUUACCAGAAAGAAGCCCACAGAUGAAAUGUUUGAUGGAGAAAUGAACUUGAGGCGCUGGAUAUAGGAGUCAUUACCUCAUGCAGUAGAUAGAAUAACAGAUCUAACUUUGCUUGAGACUGAUCAGGAAGCCUUACCUGCUAAAACAAGAUGUAUACUAUCAAUCAUGAAAGUGGCUAGGCUGUGCACUGCAGAGUUGUCUGUUAAGAGGAAGACUAUGACAGAAGUUGAAUUAGAGCUUGAGAUGAUCAAACAAAAAUUUUUAAGGGACACUGAAUGGUUAGACCAAAGGGAAAUAUAUAAAAGUAUUUCACGCCAAGAACUUCGAUUAGCAACAAAUGGGUUUGAUUCACUUACAAUAGUUCAGGUUAUGGAAUCUAGUGUCAUGCACAGAGGAAUACUGCCAAAUGGAGUGAUUGUAGCAACUAAGGUUUUCAAUCGACUAAAAAGUGGGCGGGAGAGUUUUGCAGUUGAAUCUGAAGUGCUCUCCUUUAUUCGCCAUCGGAAUGUUGUCCAAAUCUGGAUGAUGUGCAAUGACGCUGAUUUUAAAGCCUUGGUGCUACAAUACAUGCCCAAUGGAUCUCUGGAACGGUGGCUUCAUCACAGUUAUAACAUCUAUUUUAAGAAUGUAUUGACAAUGCUUAAUACAAUGAUAGAUGUGGCAUCAGCAUUGUGCUAUCUCCAUUUAAUGCGUGUCAUUCACUGCAAUUUAAAACCUAGCACCGUCCUGCUAGAUGAUGAUAUGGUUGCACAUGUUAGUGAUUUUAGCAUUGCCAAACGCUUAGGCGAAAGGAUUGCUGCAACAAAAACCAGGACCAUGGCGACUGUUGGCUAUAUGGCUCCAGAGUAUGAAUCAACUGGAACUGUUUCCGAAAAAACUGAUGUUUAUAGCUUUGGUAUUCUACUGAUGGAAACAUUCACCAGAAAGAAGCCAACAGAUGAAAUGUUUAAUGGAGAAAUGAACCUUAGGGGUUGGAUAUGCUCUUCAUUACCUCAUGCACUAGACAGAAUUGUAGAUGCCACUUUGCUGCGGUCUGAUAAUGAACACUCAGCUUCUGAUAAGACGAGAUGCAUAUUAUCAAUCAUGGAAGUGGCUUCUUGUUGUACUGCAGAGUCGUCUGAUGAGAGAAUGACUAUGACAAAUGUUGAAACCAAGCUCAUUAGGAUCAAAAAACAAUUUCUAAGAAGCUAGGGAUUAGUUGCAUUGUGAAACCUGAUUUUCUUGAAUGAUUUUGCUUCAUUAUAUUUUAAAUUUUGAAUAGAAUUAUGAGUUCAGGCA